AUCAUGAGGAUGAUACAUACACACGACCAUGAAACAAAGAUUGUUGGAAUUCAUGGUAUCGGUGGCAUGGGAAAGACGACUCUUGCCCAAUAGUGUACAAUCAGUUUUCUAAUGAUUUUUCUAAUUGUUGCUUCCUUUCUAACAUAUGAGAAACAGAGAUUACGUGCUUGCAGAAUCAGCUCAUAUCAAACAUUCUGAAAAUAAGAUGGCCUGAUAUCAACAAUAUCAUGGAAGGAAAAAAGGUGAUCAAGGAAAGGUUAUGCUCUAAAAUGGUGCUUCUUCUACUUGAUGAUGUUGACGAAGCAAGUCAACUUGAUGCGCUCGUGCAGAAGCGUGAGUGGUUUGGCAAGGGAAGCAAGAUUAUCAUUACAACUAGAGAUCAAGGAAUUCUCAAUGUGCCUACACUUGUUGAUUGGACUUAUGAACUUACCAGUAUGGAUUUUGAUCAUUCUCUUCAACUUUUUAGCAAACAUGCCUUUAGAAGAGAUUAUCCCAUAGAGCAAUACAUCUUUCACUCCGAAAGAGCAGUAAAUAUCUGUGGCGGUCUUCCUUUAGCUCUUGAAGUUAUAGGUUCUCUUUUAUCUGGAAAAAGCAUAGAGGAGUGGGAUGCCACAUUAAAGGAGCUAGAAGAAUUUCCCCAUGAGGAUGUUCAAAGGAAGUUGAUGAUCAGCUUGAAGGCUUUAAAUGAAGACCAAAGAAAGAUAUUUCUGGAUGUGGCUUGUUUUUUCAUUGGGAUUGAUAAAAGAAUUGUGAUUUACAUGUGGGAAAGCUGUAAGUUUCUUCCUCAACAAUCUCUUAACACCCUCCAGCAAAGAUCUUUGAUAAAGAUUAGAGAAGAUAACCGACUGUGGAUGCAUGAUUGGUUAAGAGAUAUUGGAAGAAAUUUUAUACAACAAGGAAGCGGUAAGAAACCUGAGAAUCAACAAUGGGUGUGGAAUCACGCACAAGCAUUGGAGAUUUUGGAGAAAAUGCAGAUAGGAGAUGAUGUUCAUGGAAUUGGAAAUAUCGAAGCAAUAUGUCUCAAGCUUGUUGAAAUAUCUCAAUACUCCUUGAUAAAACAAUGCCUAGCUAGUCUUUCAAAUUUAAGGUUCCUUCAAGUGGAUAACAAAGACUUUGAUGGAAGAACAAAGUCUAUCCUUACUCAAGUGGGUGAUUUCCUAUGUUACCAGUGCUCAAAUUUUGUUCAUACCACAUUUGGCCCAUUUAUCCUUCCAGAAGAGUUGAGAUGGCUUUCAUGGAAUUACUUUCCUAAGGUUUUUACGCUGACCAAUUUCUCCAUGAGGAAGAUACUAAUCCUUGAUUUGUCAAUGAGUAAAAUCACGGAAAAAUGGGAAGGAUGGAGCCACAUCAAGCUGGCUAAGACUUUGAAGGUCCUAAAUCUGACUGGAUGCAUAAAAUUGCGUAAAACCCCGGACUUGUCUUUUCAUGUGAAUUUAGAGCGACUGAUUCUUGAAAGUUGUGAGAGUUUGGUUCAAAUUGAUCCAUCGAUUAGUCGACUUAAGAAGUUAGUCUUCGUGAGCUUGAAGGAUUGUUGUAAUCUCCGAGAGCUACCAGAUGAGAUGGGGGCACUGGAAUCUUUGGGGGAACUUCUUCUUGACUCUAGAGCUAUAGAAGAGAUCCUUGAAUGGAGAAGGAUGAAGAAACUGGAAGUUCUCAGCUUGGUCAAGUGUACAUUACUGAAUAAGUUCAAUUUCGUUGGUUGCACACCAUCAGUGGUGAAUCUUUCAUUAGUGGAUAGCCACUCGACUCAACCGCCUAAGUCGAUCGAAAAUUUCAAUUCACUAAUUCAGUUGAAUGUAUCGAGUUUGAAUAUGCAGGAGUUACCUGAAGUAAUUGGGAACGUGAAUAAUUUGAAAGUAUUAAAGAUGAGAUGCCCCUUGAGAAAACUACCUAGCGCCGUUGGAAUGUUGGAGAAACUCGAAGUGCUAGAGGCUUGGGGUACUUUUGCAGAAAUUCCUAUUAAUAUUGGGAAUCUACCAGUUCUGAAUAUUCUAUUAUUGGGUAGCCCUAGUAUUGUGGCGGUGCCUCGGCUUCCAGAAAGUCUAGUCAAUCUAUGUUGUAAAACCACCUCGAUGGAGACUUUGGCGAACUUCUCGAACCUAUUAAGUUUGAGAAAUUUGAGGUUGACUUUAUGGUUUAAUAUGGAGGGUCCUUCUAAACUUGAAGCAGUUCCAAGUGCUCGGUGGAUUGGAACACUAUGCAUGCCCGAGUUCUUGAACUUGUCUUCUCCUUAUAUUGCAACCAUAUCUUCCGAUCUCGUUCUCCUUUCUCAACUGAAGAAACUCAAGCUCCAGUGCCGUAAUUUGCAAUGCCUACCUAAGCUUCCGACAAAUUUGUCGUACUUAGGUAUCAAGCUUUGCCAAAGAAUUAAAACGACGAACGACCUUUCAAAUUUGAAAGCGUUAUCAGAUUUGGUUGUUGGUUGUGAUGAGUUAACAGAUAUUCGAGGCCUCGAAAGUUUGGAAAACCUGAGAACAUUAGAGCUCGUGGAACUUCCAUCAUUGUCGAAGGUGCCUGAUCUGACUAACUUGAGUAAGCUCAAGAAAAUUCAUUUGAAUGAUUGCCCUAAGCUUUUUGAGAUUCGAGGUGGUCCAGAAUCGUUGGAGAUACUUCACAUUGUGAACUGUUCAAAUCUGCAAAAGCUUCCUAAGCGAUCUAGCUUCAAGAAUCUCAAAGUUUGGAUUCCUGGAACUGAUCCAUGUCUACAAAAGAAUGUAAAAAGUCUUUCUUUUGUGUUGAAAUAA